UAUUUGUAAUAGUAGCAACCUUGUCUGUGGUGUUCUGGAUAUAUUUUGCACUUCCAAUAAGAAGAAUUAAACAAUUAUCACAGCAUAUUCCGGGACCUAAUAGUGUAGCACUCUGGAUAGACGUAACAGAAUUACUUGAAUAUUGUAAGUUUUGUGUGAAACAAUAUGGUCCAGUAUUUCGAGUGUCCCAUAUUGCACGAGUGGACAUUAUUGUUAGCGAUGUGGCAGACGUUGAAAUAAUACUAAAGGACGCUGAAAUGAUAAACAAACCUCCCAUAAUAAAGAAGUUUGUCAACGAUUGGCUUGGAGAUGGAUUGCUAUUUAGUGAGGGAUCCUAUUGGAGACAACAAAGGAAAUUAAUAACACCCACAUUUCAUUUUUCCAUAUUAGAAAAAUUUUUCGAAGUUUUUGACGAACAAGGUGACAUUUUAAUAAACGUUUUGAAAGAAAAGGCAGAUGGCAAAACCAAUUUAGAUAUUUUUGACUUCAUAAAAGCGCUUGCGUUAGAUGUUAUUUGUGAAACAGCUAUGGGAACUAAAAUGCAUUCCCAAACAAUAUCAGUUGAUACGGAUUACGUUACUGCAGUUAACGAAAUGCAAAGAAUAUUGCUAGAACGAUUAUAUACUCCCCUUCAUCAAAGCGAUUUUAUAUUUCAAUUCACAAAAAAUGGACGUAUUCAUAGAAAAUCAUUACAAAUUUUGAACGAAAAAAGUGACGAAAUAAUACACCAGCGAAAAAAGUAUUCGUUUAAUCUAUCUACAUCGAAUGUCUCAAAUAUCAAAGACGAAAGCUCUGAGUAUACUAAAAAACGUUUAGUUUUUAUAGAUCUGUUACUUCAAGCAAAGAAUCUUGAUGGUACACCUUUAACGAAUAAACAAAUUCGUGAAGAAGUAGCGACAUUUAUUUUUGCCGGUCAUGACACAACCUCAACGCAAUUGUCCUUGCUUUGUUACAUUUUGUCUAAACAUCCCAAUGUUCAGGAAGAAAUUUUCAAAGAACAAUGUACAGUUUUAAUGAACAAAAAUCGAGAACCCACAUUUAAAGAAGUUCAAGAAAUGCAAUAUUUAGAACGGACCAUUAAAGAAUCUCAACGAUAUUUUACGGUUGUAUCAUUUCUAACUCGUCAUGUUCAUAAAGAUAUUACACUAAAAACAAAUAACUAUGUUGUGCCAAAAGGUGCUAUGCUUUCUAUAUUUGUUACAUCGUUACAUCAAAAUCCAAAAAUCUAUCCAAAUCCAGAAAAAUUUGAUCCAGAUCGUUUUUUACCAGAAAACGUCCAAAAAAGAGAACCAUUCGCAUUUAUACCAUUUAGUGCAGGUUCCAGAAAUUGUAUAGGUCAAAAAUUUGCGAUGCUUGAAAUGAAAUUAACUGUCAGUAAAAUAAUAAGAAAUUUCAAAAUAUUACCCGCUUAUGAAGAAGAUGGUACGCCAUACGAACCACAAUUUAAAACAUAUAUGGUAUUGACUGCUGUAAAUGGUAUAAAAAUACGACUCAUUCCUCGAACAUAA